AUGGCAAUCUAUUUUGUUUCCCUUAUUUCAAGGGAAAACCAACCGUUGUACAUACAGCCUUUUUCCCCAUACGAGUAUAAUUGGAACACACACGAGUCUGAAAAAGGCGUGGCUCAGUCCAAAUCUGCCGAAGAGAAUGCAGAAAAUAGGUCUGAAUCUACAAAGUCAGACAAAGAUGGUGCUGAUUUGGAAACAAAGAAGGCCGAAUUAGACGCCGGUACGGAUACAACAGCAAAGCAGGAAACUACAGAAAAAUCAACAUCAAAGUUAAAUAAUUCGAAAAAUCCAGAGAAUCCAGAUGAUUCAAUUGAAACAAAAUCCUUUAUAGACGAGCGAACUAAAGAAAAUGAGCUUCUCAAGUAUAACUUCCUUUCCCAUAUGGCACUUGACGUGUUUGAUUCGCCAUUUAUGCCAGCAGCAGAAACCGAACCGAAGGCCGGCCGCACUUACAAUUUAUUAUUUGUGCAUGAUGGUGUGUUUGUGUUUGGCCAGGAGACAAAUACAGGCAUGAAAAUAGUUCUAGGUUGCUCGCGUGAGGAGCACACAACCGACCAAUCAGAGAGAAACCUCAACGGGGUGUUUAAAAAGGUCAAUAGAGCAUACUUGAGACUUGUGUGCAAUCCAUUCAUCACAUCAGAAAAAAUCGACACUGAAAUUGAAAAUGUGCAAUUCGACAGAUCCAUAUCCGACAUUGUGGCCAGAUGGAAUGGCCAGAGCUGA